AUGAGUAAGGAUCUCAGCGGACACUACAUGUGCAGAACGGAGAAUCCCAUGGGAAGCAAUUCCUUUACAUUCAUUCUCAAUGUGAAGGAGGAAGAAAUUCUCUCGGCUGGUGCCAUAGCGGGCAUAGUAAUCGGCUCGGUCGGUGCUGUGGCACUAAUUGCUCUCGUUCUCUUUCUUAUCUUCCGGGACAGAAAAAAAAGCACCACGAAACAUGAAGAUGAUCAAUCACAUACUUUACAACUCGGAGGAAACCAAUACCAGCCGCCACCCAGGAGUGUCAGUUACGAAAAUGCAAUACCGAGACAGUUCCAAAAUACACUGGCUGACUUGGGCGAAAAUGGGAAGGACUUAAAUGUCUGGACUAUACCAACUACAAUGUUGGAGAGAUCAAAAGAGAGCGAACCUUAUCUGCAGUCAAAUCCAAGUGAGACUGAAGAUUAUGACCUUUGA